AUGGAGAGGCUGGCUGUGGGCUCAGCAGGCGAAGCUGUCAGCAGCUUCACCAAACACAAGACGAUUGUUCCUGUUCCUUCUUUUAUAAGCUGUGAAUUCUCCGUUGAUGUUUGCGAGCCAUUACAGUACCGCUAUGCUAAGCUGGAGCAGCCGUCUCAGUUUGGAGGGGAGCCGUGCAGCUUCCAUGGCAGGCAGGAGGAGGCCUGUGAGGUUCCGACCCGCUACACCUGUGACAGCAUACCUUUAUGUGAGGGCUUCCUCUGCACACAGACAGGUCGCUGCGUUCACAGAACUCUGCGGUGUAACGGGGAGGACGACUGUGGGGACAUGUCCGAUGAAGCUGGCUGUCAGAAGACUUCCAAACCCUGCAGGGUGGAGGCUGAGGAGUACUGGGGAAUCGAGAACCUUGCCAAAGGAAUAAACGUGUUGACCAGUGACCUAGAAGGCGUGGUGCUCGAUAACAGAUACUACGGAGGCAGCUGUCUGCCUCAGUACAUCCAGGAUGUUCCAUUCAGAAAGCCUUUCAACCUGCAACAGUACACAUUACAGACCAAAGGUUCAUAUGAUUUCACCCUGAAGUCUUUUGCAUCUUACACGGACUUCAUGGAGUUCUCCAUGAAGGAACGCAUGAGCCAAACCUCUUUCUCCAUCGGCAUCGGCGUUCCAGGUGUUUUCAAUUUUGGAUUUAACUACAGCGACUCUAAAUACAAAAAGUCAGCUCAGAAGACCCGUCGUGCCUCUGGCAAUACCAACAGUUUUAUCAGAGCCAAAGCAGAACUGCAGUUGGCCCAGUACAUCCUGAAAUCAGACGAUCUGGUGCUUCACCCAGAGUUCCUGCUUCGCCUUCGCUCCCUGCCGCAGGCCUACAUCUAUGGCGAGUACAGGCAGAUCUACAGAGACUACGGCACCCACUACAUCACUGAGGCCACGCUCGGGGGAGACUAUGAGCACACCAUCAUCCUGAACAAGGAGAAGCUGGAGAAGUCAGAUUAUUCUUUAGAAGACUACAAGAACUGCGUACAGGCAGGCCUGAAUAUUGGGGCGAACAUAGAUGGAAUUUAUGUAUCCUUGGGAGCCCAAGGUGGAAGCUGUGAUGGCCUUCUGAAUGAGAUGGGAGAGGACACAAAGAAGGGCAGCAUGGUGGAGGACUUUGAUGCUGUUGUAAGGGGUGGAAGUAGUGAGUCCAUCUCUGCUUUGAUGUCUAAGAAGCUUCCCACUCCAGAGCUGAUGAGACUGUGGGGCGAAGGCGUUCGUUUCAACCCUGACUUCAUUCGCACAACG